AUGAUUAAACUCUUUCUAUUUUUUGUACUUUUCCCCAUUUUUCUUAUUUUCUUUCUCUGUUUCCAUCCAUUCUUAUUCUCUCUCUCUCUCUCUCUCUCUCUCUCUCUCUCUCUCUCUCUCUCUGUGUCUUUUCUCCGUUUUCUUUAUUUUGUGGCUUGUUCUAUACAUUGUCUUUCUCCCUUAUGUGUCUGUAUCUUUUUUUCACUCUCUUCUUUCUUCGCUCUCUCCUUUCAGGUUCUCUAUUUUUAUUUUUAUUUAUUUCUCCCCCUCUCUCUCUCUCUCUCUCUCUCUCUCUCUCUCUCUCUCUCUCUCUCUCUUCUUACUGUUUCCCUGUUUUUCUUUUUAUUUCUUCUUCUCGUCUCUCUUCGUUACAUCGAGUUUUUUUUCUUCCUUCUUCCGAUUCAUUCUCGUUUUCACAUUUUUUUUAUUUCUUCCUUUCUUUCUCCUUUUUUUCGUUCUUCCUUUAUUUCCUUCUUUCUCUAUUCUCUUCUUCUAUUCUUUCUCUUUCUCCCCCCCUUUCUUCUUGAGCUCCUUUCUCUCCUCCUCCUCCUCCUCUUUCAAUUGCUUCUAUUCUCUCCUUUUCUUUCUUUUUCUGUUUCUUCGCCCUUCAUUUUAUUUUCUCUAUUUGUCUCUCUUCCCGCCUUUCUUUUCUUAUAUUUUUCUUUACCUCAGCUGUUAUUCAUCGCUUCGUUCGUUCUUUUCUUUCUUUUUUUGAUUUUCUAUUUUUUUUCUCUCUCCCUCCUUACUUCACUUCUUCCUCUAAUUCCUUUCUUUUUGUCUUUUUCUUUCUCUUUCUUCUUGUUUUACGUUUUAUCUUCCCUAUUUACAAAUGUAACCCCCUCUUUCUUUUUUUGUCCUUUUUUCUUUUCUCCUUGUCUUUCUUUAUUAGUUCUCUUUCUUUCUAUAUUACCUAUUCUUUCUAUAUUUAUUUUUCUCUCAGUCCCUGUCUCUUUUACUCCCCACUUUGUCUUUCCCAUUUAUUUUGUUCCUCUUUCUUUUUUCUCUUUCUGUUCUUAUUUGCUUUUCCUCUCUUUCUUUUUACUUAGUUCACUCGCUGCUUUCAUUAUCGACAGGCAGGAUCGACCUCUUUACUUAAUUUUGUCUAAUUCUCUCGUCGUUCGUUCUCUCAUAUUUUCUCACUCUUUCUUUCAUCCAUUCUCGCUUUUCUUUCUUUUUUCUUUCCGUCUAUCUUCUUUCAUUCAACCGUUCUCUCUCUUUCUCCAUCGAUUUCUUUCUCUCUUUUUCUUCUACUCUACACUGCUCUCUUUCUUUCUGUCUUCCUUCUCUUUCAUUUACUCUUUCUUUCUUCCUUGCUUUCUUUCUUUCUUUCUAUCUAUCUAUCUAUUUCUCACUCUUUUUCUUUCUCUUUCUUUCUCUCUUUUGCUUUCUUACUGUCUUUCUCUCAAUCUCGCUCUUUCACUCAGUCUCUCUUUUUUUUCACUAUCUUUUUCUUUCCCUAUCUCUCCUUCUCCCUCUUUCUUUCUCCCCUCUCUCGUUCUAUAUCUUAUUCAUGUUUUUCUUUCACGUUUUCUUUCUUUCUUUCUUUCUUUCUUUCUUUCUUUUGCUCUCUUUCUUUCUUUCUUUCUUUCUUUCUUUCUUUCUUUCUCCUUUUCUCCGUUUCCUUGUCACUAUCUUUCUUUCUCGCACGCCUUCUUUUUCUCCGUCUAUCUUCAUCUCUCCUCCUAUAUUCUUUCUUCCUCCCUUUCUUUUUUCUUUCUCUCCAUUUCUCACCAUCUCUCUUUCUAUAUACUUCCUUCCCCCUCCCUUUCCCCUCCCUCUCUCUCUCUCUCUCUCUGUCUCUGUCUCUGUCUUCCUCUCUUCCCAUCUUCACCUCUCCUUCCAUAUUCUUCCUUUUUCGUCUUGCAAGAGUAUUUCAUUUCUCAACAAAUACAAUUGUGCGAGCUAUUAAAGGCUGUGGUCUGA